ACCAUAACUUUAAGGUCUAUACAUCUCAAUCUCAUAGACCCUCCCACCACCAUGCAUGCCAAUAAGUAAAAGCCUACAAUAAUGUAAUGAAAAGUUCAAAACAUAGAAAUGCCCAACCAAUUCAGCAACUCAGUCUUUCAAUCGGCAUUUUAGUUACAAUCUAUUAUUAGAUACUUAAUACUUGUGCAUUGAAAUCUAACCACAUCACCUGCAAUGACCUACAGCCCCUUAAGUACAGAGGUAAAAAAGUAAUCAUAAAAUGAAUUUAAAAUUUAUCCAAUGGGAAUUUAAAAUUUAUCCAAUGGGUUCAUCCGUACCAAUUUGAACCAACAUGGUGCACACAAAAACAUGAAAAUCAUCAUCCCCUCAUUAUCAUCUUCUACUGGUACUCAUGAUGAGUGACUGAUGACUUAAAAUAAUUCAUAAGAACAUUCUCUGACCUUGGAAAUUGCAAAUUACAACAACAAAGAAGUUAAAAAGAUAAAGUGUGAUUUGUCAAGAAAGAACCAAAAAGCAGUUUCUACUCAACAAGAUCCCCUCCAUAUCACACUUACCCCGUGUGUUUGCGUGCGUGCCACUGUGCACAUUGCUCCUAUUAUCUCUUGAAGAACUUUACUAAAGCUAGCUAGGGCGUGUGUGCAAUGUACAAUUAUGGGCAUUAGUUACAACUUCCAACACCAAGAUGCUUGUGAAAAUUGAUUGAAUUUUGACGAAUAUCAAUAAAGUUUAAUGCAUCCCUUAACAAGUAAAUACACCAUAGUCAUACAAUAAGCACAAAAUAAUCCAGGAAAAGAAAACAAAUUAACAAUUGAAAGGUUGAAGCUGAAAAAAACUUGCAUUUUUCUGUGAUUUUGGUUUUUGAGCCCACAAAAAGAAGUGCACCAUCCAAGUGAUUCAGAGGUAAAAACAAGCAACAAAAUGAAAGAGAGAACCUUUGGCUAACAAAAAUUUACAUUUUCUGAGAUUCUGUACGUAUGGCAGUGUAUGUGUAACCCACAUUUUAGAGAUGAGGCUAUGGCCAUGAUUCAUGAACAACAAUCAAACCCAUGUCUACAAACGAAACAAAGCAAAAGCAAAAAAGUAAAGUGGUCGGCUUAAUCAUCUUUACCUUUAACUUUUCCUAAUCUGCUAUAUGCUUAAUGCUUCUUUUUCAUCCCAAACCCAAAACAUUAUUCUUUACCAGACUCUGUUCUUGCUUUAAUGCAAUGUAUAAGAACCCCAAAAAAGAAACCAUUCUCAUUCCAUUUUCCACUUCCAUCAAUUCCUCAAACUCAAUCACCAAUUCACAACAGACACAACAAAAAAAUCCCAAACCAACACACACAAACAAAACAGCAAAACAGAGAGAGAAACAUCAAAAAAAAAAAAAAAUGGAGAUAUUAUCACAAAUGUGGUCACUGUUAGGGUUACUCACAGUUCUCCAAAACGUCUUACCAUCACAGCUUCUCUCUCUGCUUCACUCUCUUUACGAAUCGCUGCAAGAUUUGCUUUCUCCAUACUCAUACUUCGAGAUCCCGGAGUUCAACGGUUACUGCGGCGUCGACCUCAACGAUCUCUACCGCCACGUCCACCUCUACCUCAACGCCGCGAACCACUCCCCCGCGGCGGCGUGCCGCCGCCUCACGCUCUCCCGUUCACCCUCCUCCAACCGAAUCUCCUUCGCCGUCGCGCCGAACCACACCGUCCACGACGCAUUCCACGGCCACCGCGUUUCCUGGACCCACCACGUCGACACCGUGCAAGACUCCCUCGAGGAGAAGCGCAGCUUCACCCUCCGCCUCCCUAAACGCCACCGCCACGCGCUUCUUUCGCCUUACCUCGCUCACGUGACCGCACGAGCCGAGGAGUUCGAGCGCGUGUCCCGCGAGCGCAGGCUCUUCACCAACAACAACGGAUCCGGAUCCUUCGAAUCGGGUUGGGUCUCGGUCCCGUUUCGCCACCCAUCAACAUUCGAAACCCUAGCCCUAGAACCGGAGCUGAAGAAGCAGAUUAAAAACGACCUAACAGCUUUCUCAAACGGCAAGGAGUUUUACCACCGGGUCGGGCGGGCUUGGAAGCGCGGGUACUUGCUUCACGGCCCACCCGGGUCGGGUAAAUCUAGCCUCAUUGCAGCUAUGGCGAAUUUCCUCUGCUACGAUGUUUACGACUUGGAACUCACCAAAGUGAACGACAACUCUGAGCUUCGUUCGCUGUUAAUCCAAACGACGAACCGUUCCAUAAUCGUGAUCGAGGACAUCGAUUGUUCAGUGGACUUUAAUUUAACAGCGGACAGAACGGCGAAGAAAAUGGCUAACAAAUUGUCGUCUAAAGUGAGAAAGGAGAAAACGGCGUCGAUUUCUUCGGGUUGUGAGGAAACCGGACGGGUCACGCUUUCGGGGCUCCUGAAUUUCACGGACGGGUUGUGGUCGUGCUGCGGGGAGGAGAGGCUGGUGGUGUUCACGACCAACCACCGCGACAGCGUGGACCCGGCGUUGGUUCGGUGCGGGCGCAUGGACGUGCACGUGAGCCUCGGCACGUGCGGGGUGCAUGCGUUUAAAGAGUUGGCGAGGAACUACUUAGGGGUUGAGUCGCACGUGAUGUUCGAGGCUGUUGAGGGGUGCAUUCGCUCAGGUGGGUCCCUCACGCCGGCACACGUGGGAGAGAUUUUGUUGAGGAACAGAGGGGAUGCUGACGUGGCGAUGAGGGAGGUGGUGUCCGCCAUGCAGGCCAGGAUGGUGGCUGUUGCAGCCACCGCCGACCCUACGGAUAAUGAGGAGACGGCGGUGGCGGUGGGAGUGAGGUCGCCGGAGAGUGUGCUGCUGAUGGGGUCGCCGGAGAAUUGGGAUACGUUCAGCGGGAAGAAGAGGAAGGAACAACAACAACAUGGGUCGAAUAACUGGGACAAGAAAGCCAAGUUUUUUGUGAGGUUAAGGUCGUUGACCAAAUCUGACUCUGGUAGAUGAUUUUUUUUUAAUUAUUUUUAGGAAAAAAACAACAAUGGAAU